AUGUCGUCCCUCGCCCGAUCAGCCCCGCUCGUGUUCCCGGCCGCCGGCAAGCACACGGCGACCGUCAUCUUCGCCCACGGCCUCGGCGACUCGGGUCAGGGCUGGGCGAGCGCCGUUCAGAACUGGAGGCGGAGGCAGAGGCUUGAUGAGGUCAAGUUUGUGCUGCCCCACGCGCCCGAGAUCCCCAUCACUUGUAACUGGGGCAUGCGCAUGCCGGGUUGGUUCGACAUUAAAAAACUCGACGGCACCGUCGAGUCCCUCCGCGAGUCCGAGGAUGAGCCCGGCGUCCUCGCCUCGAACGAGUACUUCCAGUCCCUCGUCCAGGCCGAGGUCGACGCGGGCAUCCCCGCCGAGCGCGUCGUCCUCGGCGGCUUCAGCCAGGGCGGCGCCAUGGCCAUCUUCUCCGGCCUGACGAGCAAGCACCGCAUCGGCGGCAUCGUCGGCCUGUCGUGCUGGCUGCUGCUGAGCGACAAGUUUGCGGGCUUCGUGCCGGCGGACAAGCCGAACCAGGACACGCCCGUGUGGCUGGGCCACGGCGACUCGGACCCGCUCGUCAGGCCCGAGCUCGGCGCGCUCAGCGCCGAGGCGCUGAAGAAGUUGGGCUACAAGGUUACGAGGACGCUUUACCCCGGUAUGCCUCACGCCGCGUGCCCCGAGGAGCUUGACGACGUGGAGGCGUUCUUGCUUGAGAGAUUGCCGCCGACCGGCAAGUGA